GUCCCCGAAUUUCCCUGUGUGUCUCUGUCUUCGAGCGCCUGUCUGUUUCUGUUUCCCAACGUCCCAACGUUCUUGCUUCUUAGUUUCCCAGCGACCCAGAGUGUCUUUGUUCCACGUGUUCCCGCGUGCCCCUACAUAUCCCUGUGGCUCAUUUUCUGCAUGCCAUGCAUGUGCCCAUGUCUCUUCGUACCUGCUGCUUAAUGACUUUGUGUUUCUGUUUCCUUUGACCAUGCAAGACCUCUUCUUCCUCUUCCCAAGCGUCCGAUGCGUCCACCACUGGGAGGUCAUGGAACAUAUAUGGGAGAUGAGAAGCUUAUAGCAUCUGUAGCAGGUUCGGUAGAGAGAGUAAACAAGCUGAUCUGUGUAAAAGCUUUGAAAACAAGAUAUAAUGGUGAAGUAGGAGAUAUUGUGGUGGGGAGAAUCACAGAGGUUCAGCAGAAGCGGUGGAAGGUAGAGACCAACUCCAGGUUGGAUUCAGUCUUGCUUCUGUCAUCCAUGAACCUUCCAGGAGGAGAACUGAGGAGAAGAUCUGCAGAAGAUGAGCUUGCAAUGAGGGACUUCUUACGGGAAGGAGACCUUAUCAGUGCUGAAGUCCAAGCAGUGUUUUCUGAUGGUGCUGUGUCUCUACAUACCAGGAGUCUAAAAUAUGGAAAACUUGGGCAGGGAGUUCUUGUCCAAGUUUCCCCUUCCCUGGUGAAACGACAGAAGACCCAUUUCCAUGACUUGCCUUGUGGGGCCUCUGUGAUUUUGGGCAAUAAUGGCUUCAUCUGGAUCUACCCAACUCCGGAGCAGAGAGAAGAAGAAGCAGGAGGCUUCAUUGCCAAUCUAGAGCCAGUACCACUGUCAGAUCGGGAGGUGAUAUCUCGGCUCCGGAACUGCAUUGUUUCCCUGGUAGCUCAGAAGAUGAUGUUGUUUGACACCAGCCUCCUGUACUGCUAUGAAGCAUCUCUUUCCCAUCAGAUCAAGGAUAUUUUAAAACCCGAGAUAAUGGAAGAAAUUGUAAUGGAAACUCGACAGAGGCUUUUGGAACAGGAGGGAUAAGGAGAGGAAGAAUGCUGUAUAUUUUUGGCUGAUGCAGUUUUUCUGGAGAGUCUCAUCAUGUGUGUGAUUCUUAGUUGGGAGAUAAUUUUUUUAGAUAGAAUUGGCCAAUAUAUGCAGAGGCACCACUGUGAUGGACGGCCAGCAGUAAGCCAAAUGAAGAAAAGAAUCACUGGAUCAGCACUCGUGUGUGCUUUUGUCUCGUAUCUGUAACUGUUCUUGCUUCUUUCUCUUUAUAUAGAAAAUGAGGGUGAUGAGAACAUAACUGGAAAAUUGUGCCUUUGGGUUCUUUAGUUGAAGCUUGAGUUCAAGCACUAGAUGGCAGUUUCAGCUCCUUAAAAGUAUGUGGUGUUCCCAGCCAGAAUGUGCUUCACUGCCUGGGAUAGUAAAGAGAAUCCUUUGUCUUCCACCCACCAUCAUUCAAACAUAACAAUGUAAAGAAACCCAGUGACCCAUGAAAUUGUCAUUAUAAAAGAUAGUCACUGAUCCCAAAUGUUACUUUUUGGGUUGUUUUUUUUAAAUCACAAAAACAUAUCACAUUCUUGUUCUAUUUUAUUCAGUUUUUUUGAAUAAAAUCUAAACAAUGGCAGCUUACCCAGUUGGAAUCUUGCAUCCUUAGGCUAAUUUAAAAAGAAUCCAUUUGACUUUGAUGAAGACCUACACUGAAAGUGGAUUCUAGAUUCAUCCUUAGAAGAGUGGAAUUAUCUUCACCAAGACCUUUUAGUUUUGCCCAGAGGGAUAUUUAUACAGAUUCUGAGGAGGUAUUUGAAUCUCUAUCAGUCAUCUUGGACUGCUGUUGGGAGAGGAUGGAUUAACUGAAUCCAGGUGCUUAGAUAAAGAGGACUGACAAGAGGCAGGAACUUCUAUGUUGGCACAGCCUUUCUGGAGCUAUGCUCAUUCUUGUAUAUUGUUUUUUAUGUGGUUUUGGUUAGGUUAUUGAAAGAUAGUUUUAAAAAGUUUUCUAAAUAUUAUUGUACAGGUACAUAUAUUGUUUUGAUAUUCUUAGUGGAAUUCAUAGCAUCUGGUUUCUGCUUUUUUGUGCUAUCACCAUUGGGGACUGAUUUGAAUGAAGGGUGGCUGCUGACAGAUUCAUCACAUCACACCCUACCCAAAUAAUUUGAAAGAAAAAUACAGUAGUCAGAGUUUUCUUUGGUUUUUGGGAUUAUAUUUUCCCACAUUGCAUUUUACAAAGCUUGAAUAUACAUUGGGGAAUUUUCCCUUUAUUGACACAGUUUUUCUUAUGUAAUUUUUCAUAUGAUCUGACAUUUAACUUCUGUUCCCAGGUUUUGCCACCCAUUCUAUUUGAGUGAAUUUAUAGAAUGGAAAUAUUUGUUUAGUGGUUUCAACUUGUAUUUAAUGGUUAUCUGUAUUUUUUAAAAGUAAUUUUCUAGCUCAUAAUACUUUGAGAGAAAUGAAAGGGCAGAAACUAAAGUUUGUGGUCUAAGAAGAUUGAUUGAGGGAUUUGGUUUGGGAUCAGACUGUAAGCCCCUUGAGGGCAGGGACCAUGUUAUAUUGCUGUGCACACAUAGGUAUUCAAUAAAUAUUUGUUGGUAAAAAAA